AUGGACGGAAUCAUCCUUCUCUGCUGCAAAUCCUACCUCACGCCUCAAAGCGGCGCAGCGGUGGCCCUGGCCGUCGGGCAGCUAUGGUGGCGAGAUUUCGUCUCGGCAGGUUCAACCAUGCCACAAAGAAAUAGCGUCACAGCGGUGGAUCGACUAUCGGAUCGCUUGAUGGCUGUAAAAGUAGAUACAGUAGAAGUGGAAUUGCGAGUCGAAGAUCUGGAGCAGUACUUCCAAUCCCUGGAAAGCGAAGAAGUACUUUUAAUCGGAGGAGACUUCAACGGACAUGUCGGUUCCCGGAAAGACGGAUUCGAAAGUUGUCAUGGUGGAUACGGCUAUGGAGCUCGUAACGACGACGGGUUGCGAAUCCUGGAGUAUGCUGUUGCAAGUGACUUGAUCAUUGCUAACACGCAGUAUCGGAAAAGAAAAUCGCAUUUGAUCACGUGCACCAGCGGCGGUCGUGAAACACAAAUAGAUUUCUGGAUGUUACGCCGACGAGAUCGCCGACUUCUGCAGGAUUCAAAAGUCAUCCCUACAGACCAUGUCGCUGCCCAACACCAUCUGCUCGUUAUGGACUUGAAAAUCUCCCGCCCAAGGAAGAGACAUCCAAGAACUGAAACACAGCGCAUCAAAUGGUGGAAUCUGAAGGAUCGAAAGGAGGCGGCAAUUCGUGAGAAGAAGUCCAAGUAUAAGCUCUGGUGGAGGACGCGUCAGCCUGAAGAUCGGAGUGCUUACCUAGCGGCGAAGAGGGAGGCUAAGAAGGUAGUCUCCAAGGCGAAGUCGGACCGCUACAAGGCUGUGUACGACAUGCUUGAUACCAGAGAAGGCGAGCGGGCAGUGUGUCGUUUAGUCAGAGCACGUCCUCGCUCAACGUUGGAUAUGGAGCACACCAAGAUCGUUAAGGGAGCUGAUGGAGCCGUUCUGCGCCGCUCUGGUCAGAUCCUGGAGAGGUGGCGAGAGUACUACAAUCACUUGUGCAACGAAGAGUUCUGUCAUCCUCCCAUCCCAACCGUUCCCAGCGUCGAAGGUCCUGUUCUACCAAUUACUGCCGUCGAAGUCAGUGCUGCCCUCGCAAAAAUGAAGUCGAACAAGGCAACCGGUCCUGAUGACAUACCUGCUGAUAUCUGGAAGCUUCUAGGAGAUCGAGGGUCCAUGUGGCUCGCAACUCUAUUUAACAAGAUCGUUGCAGAAGGACGGACUCCAGACGUUUGGCAAACUUCCGUGACCGUGCCUGUCUGGAAAGGGAAAGGAGACAUUGCUGACUGCACCUCGUACAGGCCUAUACGACUGCUGUGCCAUACGAUGAAGGUUUUUGAGCGUGUCCUGGAAGCUCGUCUGAGGAAAAUUGUUAGCGUUUCACUCAACCAGUGCGGUUUUAUGAAGGACUGCAGCACUAUAGAUGCUAUCCAUGCUGUCCGAAUCCUCCUGGAGAAACAUCGAGAGAAGAACCGCAGUGUGCAUCUUGCUUUUCUCGAUCUCGAGAAAGCUUUCGACCGUGUUCCACAUGAACUGUUAUGGAUGUCCAUGAGGUCGCAUAGAGUACCAGAUGAAUAUGUGCGGUGGACGAAGCUACUUUAUGCGAAGCCUACCAGCGUUGUACGAUGUACUGCUGGAACAAGCAGGCCAUUCCCUGUACAAGUGGGGUUUCAUCAGGGUUCAUCCCUCUCACCUCUGCUGUUCAUACUGUGCAUGGACACGAUAACGAAGGAAAUCCAGAAGCAGCAUCCGUGGACUCUACUCUUUGCCGACGAUGUCAUGCUCGCGUCGGAGUCUCGAGAUGAUCUUCAGAAACAAGUGCAGUCUUGGAAGGAUCAGCUGCAGCAAUAUGGAUUGCGCCUCAACACAUCAAAAACUGAGUACAUGGAGUGCGGACCAAGGAUAGAGGAUGGUUCAAUUCGUGUUGAUGGCACCGAAUUAAACAAGGUAAACUGCUUUAAGUACCUUGGAUCCAAAGUGACUUCCACAGGCGACAUUGAUCAAGAAGGUCGAGCACGUGUUAAUGCUGCAUGGAUGAAAUGGAAAAUGGCAACAGGGGUACUGUGCGACAAGAAAGUUCCUCUUCGACUGAAGUCGAAGAUCUACAGGACGGUUGUGCGUCCUGUUGCCCUUUACGGAUGCGAGUGCUGGCCGACAACGAAAGCCUUGGAAAGAGUGCUGCACGCUAUGGAGAUGCGGAUGUUGAGGUGGACGAUAGGUAUAACGCUAAAAGAGAAAGUAUCCAACGACACUGUGCGCUCCAUCUUCGAUGUCGUUCCGAUAACUGAGAAGAUGAAGGAGGCGCGACUGAGAUGGUUUGGUCACGUCUUGCGGCGGGAGGAAGAUUCUGUUGCCAAAACCGCUCUGAAGCUCGACGUUUCAGGAGUGAGGCCGCGCGGAAGGCCAAAGAUUCGCUGGUUAGACCGUGUGAAGCAGGAUAUGAUAGAUGCACUCUCGUAUAUGGUGGAAAAAUAUCGGAUACAUUAUGAUUUUGUCGUUACAACUCCCUGGCGGGUAGUAUGGUAUCAGAUUCGACCGCAAGAUGUGCGCCAGACCACUCCUAUCUCUGUUCAUGAUGAGGGCAUGUCGAUUUUCCAGGUGACAACUGCAAAUCUAUCCUGUUUUCUUGAAUACGACAAUCGUCUACAGGGUGAUCUUGAUCGUACCUCGUAUAUCCAAUCUUUUGCUAUGCAACCAUGUGCGGAUUCAAAGCUCGCCAUAUACGAUGCUCAUACUGUUGGGAUAGGAAUCGCGCGACUUCUCAUCAACAAUGAAUUGUUUGUUGGGCCUUUGUACGCCGAUUCUUUCGAAGUGGCUCGAGCUUUACUCUACAGUUUAUUGAACGGAAGGUAUCGAGGACAAUAUCGCAAUGUACAAAUGCAAAUCCCAUCCGUGAACGAGGAUGGAUCACGUCUGGUGGAAGAAAUUAGCCAGGGAAGGUGCAUAACGGACGAUUUUACACAAGGUCUAUCGACAAAAUUUCGUCUUGAAACGGACCCAUCACGGAUUUAUUCAACAACAGAAUAUGAUGUUAGCAUUGUUUAG